GGAUUUGAACAGCCAUCCAGUAAUCUCAUCAUUUAGUGCAUCUCUCCAGCGACCAAAAGGCAAAAAACCAAGUCUCUUGCUUCCUUUACUACUGGUGACAAAACUGUUCGACAGAUACCUUCCAUAUUUGUGUUCGGGCAAGAAAACAAAAAGAAUCUCUGAUCAGUUGGAUAGCAGUCAUCGUUUUGUUUUAGUAGAACUUCAUUUCCAAUACCUUCGGCAUUUGUGUUAGGGCAAAAACAAAAAAAUCUCAGUUGGAUAGCAGUCAUCGUUUUGUUUUAGUAGCACUUCAUUCCAAUACCUUUUGUAUUUGAGUUUGGAAAAAAACAAAAAACAAAAAAAUCUCUCCGUUACUUGCAGUCAUCAUUUUGUUUUAACAGAACUUCAUUUUCAGUACAUAAGAUAUCUUCUACAGUACUGAUAAAGAUACCUUCUGUAUUUGUGUUCCGGCAAAAGAAAAAAAAAAAAAAAUCUCCCAAUUGGAGUCAUUGUCUUUAGCAGAACUUCAUUCCCAAUACAUUAAAUCUCUUCUACAUUACUGAUAAAGGAACAAAUAAACAAAAGAAGAAAGAGGAAAGCAAUUAUACUGAACGGAAAGACUGAUCAGUAAAAAAAUUGAAAAAGAAGCAAGGUUGACGAGCAAAUGGCCUUAGAAAUUGUGGGAUUAAUUACAGAGCCAGUUGUAAACUACAUAGUCAAACCAAUUGGACGACCACUUGGUUAUCUGAUGUUUUACAGGAGAAACAUCCAAAAUCUGAAAGAUGAAAUGGAGAAGUUGGAUCAGAUUAGAGCAGAUGUGGUUCGAUCGAAGGAGGAGGAGGAGAGAAAUUUGAGAAGUGUCGCAACCGUUACUGAGGGCUGGCUCAAAGAAACAGAUGACAUCCGAAAAAAGACCAACACUAUUUUGCCAAGUGAAGCUGAUAUUGGGAAGGGGUGUCUAAGUCAAGGUUUGAUUUCGCGUUAUGUGGUGAGUAGGAAAGCUAAGAAGAUAAUUGACGUUGUCAUCCAACAACGAAAUGAAGGGAGCGGGUAUGUGAAAACGAUGUGCAUUGUAAGCAAGAAAGACGCUGAUGAGGAUGAUGGUAUGUCAAGACAAUUAAUCAUGGCAGAUAUCAUUAAAGCUCUAAAUGAUGAGGAGAUAAAUAUGAUUGGGAUAUGUGGUCCAGGUGGGGUUGGGAAGACGAGGAUGGAGAAGAAAGUUAUUGCAAAGGUCGAAGGGGAAAACUUGUUUGAUAAGGUUGUGUUCACAGUAGUUUCCCAACCAUUCAACUUGGAAAAUCUUCAAGCCUCAAUUGCAGAACAAUUGGGUCUAAAACUUAAUGAAAAGGAUAAGAACAUCAGAGCUGUCAGACUAAAUACAAGACUGAAUAAUGAGUAUAAAAUUCUCUUAAUAUUAGAUGAUGUUUGGGAAAAACUGGAUUUGGAGGAAGUCGGAAUUCCCUUGGGAGAGGAGCACAAAGGUUGUAAAGUCAUUUUAACAUCGAGAAGCUACGAUAUAUGCUCUUCUAUGUUUCGGACUGGGGGGAAGAUUUUCACCAUAGAGUCAUUGACUGAAGAAGAAUCUUGGGUUCUCUUUAGAAGAAACGCUGGUGAUAGAACUAAUGAUCCUGCCUUGUAUCAAACUGCAAAACAAAUUUGCAAGGAAUGUGGGGGGAUACCACUUGGAAUAUUAACUGUUGCAAAUGCUUUAAAAGAUACAAGUCAGGACAUCUGGGAAGGUGCACUUACACAGCUAAAAUCAGUCGUUCCAGAAGACAUUACAGGAUUAAGAGAAGUAUAUAAUUCCUUGAAGCUUUCCUACGAUCAGCUAAAAAAUGAUGAAGCAAAGAAGUUAUAUCUACAUUGUGGUUUAUUCCCAGAAGAUUACUCUAUACCCCUGGAAACUCUUGCCAGACGUGGAAUGAGUUUGGGUAUGUUUUCACACAUCAAUAGUCUUCAAGAAGCUAGGAUAAAGGUGAAAUUAUUGGUUGAUAAGCUGAAAAAUUGUUUCCUGCUACAAAAAGACAAGGAUGAUAGCUCGGUCAAAAUGCACGAUGCUCUUCGAGAUUUAGCUAUAUAUAUUUCAUCCAGAGAACGACGUCAUUUUGGGAUAAGCCACGAUUUGAAGCUAAAACAAUGGCCAAGAAAUAUUUACCAUGAAGAAGUAACUUGCAUUUCAGUACGUUCACAUACCACUAUAAAGCAUCCAAAGACGCUAAAUUGCCCGAGAUUAGAAUUCUUAGAAAUAGGAGCAGGGGGUGGGGGUGUUUCUUAUCUGGAUGAUGAUAUUUUCCAUGGUACAAGAGGCCUCAAAACAAUCGAAGUAUCCUACAUGCGAUUUUCACUUAUGCCAUCAUCAAUUGGAUUGUUAAAGAAUUUGCGCAUGUUAAGAUUGUUUCGCUGCGAGAUGGAGGAUAUAUCAUUGAUAGGUGAGUUAGUUAAGCUUGAGAUUCUGAGUAUGAGAGCUUCAAUCUUUAGAGUUUUUCCAGCUGAACUAGGAAAGCUUGAGAAGCUCAGGUUAUUGGAUUUGAACUCUUGUCAUACUAUUGAAAGAAUUGAACCAGGUGUUCUAUCAAGUUUUCUUGAGUUAGAAGAACUUGAUAUGGAAGGAUGCUUUGCAGUUGAAUGGGAAGUCGAAAACAAAGUGGAACAGAAUAAAGCCAAAAACGUCGCACUUGCUGAACUGCAUGUGAUGCAGAAUUUGACCACGCUAAGUAUUGACAUAUCUGACGGAGAUAUCCCAAAAGAUACGAGUCUUCCUGGUGGGCUAACGGAGUUUUUUAUAAGAAUAUGGUCGUCUGGUAUUUCUAGAAGUCUUAGAAGUAUGGUAACUUUUGGAACUUUUGGAAAGUAUGAUUCUAAAUACUCUAAGACGGUGUGGUGUUGUUCUGAUGAAGAGCAUGUAGUGGAUUGGAUAAGCAACAUUGUAGUGCAUGCCGAAGACGUCGUGUUGCGGAAAAGUGUAACAAGCCAUGUAAUUGAUUUAUUGGCGAGAGAAAGCUUCCAGCAUGUGAAGUUCCUAGAUGCUAGCGGACAUAAAGAAUUGCGGUAUCUUGCAAAUAUGUCAGAUUUUCCCGGCAAGACUCCAAGUCAAUAUACUAAUUGUUUUGCCAACCUCGAACACCUUAGCAUCAGCAAUUGUGAGGACAUUGUUUAUUUUCUCCCUAUGCCGGUGGUGUCCACAACUUUGCCACUUCUUAAAAAUCUAGAAAUCGACUCGUGUAAGAAGUUGGAACAAGUGUUCCUUCUAGAGGAAGAUAAUCGGAGUGGUGGGCAUGGAAUUAGCCAAAUUGAUAAGGUCAAGUUCCCCAGAUUGGAGACAAUAAAGCUUGCAAAUUUAGAGGCGCUAAACGGUUUCUGCAAUGGGACUCACAACAUCGAGCUCCCUAGCUUAAGUACCUUGCGUAUCCGGAAUUUACCCAACAUCAGAGGAUUCUUCUCCAACCAAAGUGCUAACAUGCACUUCCUCUUCGGGGAAAAGGACGCACUGGCAAGCUUGAAGAAUUUGGAACUCGGUUAUAUGGAUGAUGCAAUGUUGUUAUGCUACCAAUUAGUUUCCCAUUGCUGCUUCAGAGGACUUGAGCAUUUAAGCAUCUGGAAUUGCAAGAAUCUCCCUCCUGAUUUGUUUAUUGAUCCUGUGAAUGAUGCUCGAAUUAUUAGUGCAGAGGAAGAGGAAAAAGAAUACGGAGAAAACGUGGCUGCUAACUCCCUGCUAUUUCCUCAUUUGAAAUAUUUGCUUUUAUAUGGAUUGCCAGAUUUGAGACAUGUUGUUUCACUGAAUAUGCAAAAGGUUCCUUUUGCUAACGUGAAAUCAAUUGAAGUAAACUCUUGCGAUAGACUACUUCACUUCUCUUCGCUAUCUGUAGCCAGGACUUUUUCGCAGCACGUUCAAAAACUGUCAUUUGUUGAUUGUGAGGAGAUGGAACAAGUGUUUGUUUUAGAGGACAAUGAAGUGGAAGGAGCUGAUCAAAGUCAAAUCCCUGACAUCCAGUUCCCGAGGUUGCAGGAGUUAAGUCUUGACAAUUUACAAGCACUCACGAGUUUUUGCAAGGGGGUUAACAACAUUGAGUUCCCAAAUUUGAGAUACCUACGAAUUUCUGGCUUGAGCAACAUAAACGGUUUUGUGAUUCCGACAUAUGGAGAGCAAUUCAAUGGCAUGAAUUUCCUUUUUGGAACUAAGGUCUCAUUUGGAGGUUUGAAGUAUCUGAUACUCCGUGACUUAGACAGUGAGUUAUGGUUCCACCAACUUUGCUCAAGGACACCGUCCUUCAGAGAAUUGGAAGAAUUAAACAUUUACGAAUGCGACAAGAUAAGGAACUUGUUUUCUUCUUCUUCUUCUUCAAUCGGGGCCUUGGUGAAUCUGAAGAGACUAGAGAUAUGGAACUGCUCACGGAUUGAAGCUGUAAUUGUAGAAGAAGGAGAGGGAAUGAGCAUGAAGCUUCAAUUUCUUAAAUUGGAAUAUUUAUGGCUGUGUGAGUUACCAAAGUUGGGAAGCUUUAGCCAAAGCAAACAUGGUCUACACUUGCCCUCGCUGGAGAAGUUACGGAUCGAUGAUUGCGGUGAAAUGCAGACCUUUGCUCAAGGAUACAUAAACACACCAAGAUUGAAGCACCUUACAAUAAAUUAUGAAGACGUUCCGGUGGAUGACAUAAAUAAUUCCUUGCGCCAUUAAUUUGAGGAACAGCAUGCAAAUGAUGAAGAAAUGGAAGAAGUAGCAGCAGAUCAACUAACAGCUGAAGUAGAGGAGGAUGAGAAAAAAGAAAUAAUGGAAGAAUAAGCAGAGCAAAUAAUUAACUACUGAUCAUGGUCGCAACUUUAUUUUCAACGACAAGAAUUGAAACUGCAGAAGAGGAAUCCUACAAGUCUAUCACGUAUUCUAACUCGUAUUCUGGAGUUGAUGUUGACCUGAAAGCUGAGUUUACAUUUGUUAGCUGAUAAGUUUGCACCUUUGUUACUUAUGAGCCCUAUAUGUCCUUCCGUUGGAGUCGUUCUACUUUGUCUUAAUUACUUUUGGUUGUUGUAUAAGUCUCCAAGACUAUUAUGAAUUUUCUUGUUCUUGUGUUUUCUCCAUGAUUCCAUGACAGAUUUAUGGGGUUGUAUUUAGUAUUUGCGGCACCAUUUUUAAGCUUUAUCUGGAUAGUUAUUAUGCUUAAACUUUUUAAAAUGUAAUAAAGAUAUGUUGUGAGGUACAUUGAAUUUGUAUGAUACCGCUUGAGGUUGAUCAGGUUGAGUUGGUUGUAAUUGAAGUGGUUCACUUGUUGGACCCCUAACGUUGGUUGUGACAUUGUACUUAUACUGUUGCCUCAAACUGUUGAUUGAUUCAAGUAAUUGCCAAGUUGGUAAUAUUGGUUAACUUAGCAGCAAUGUUGUAUCUGUAACUUUUACUCUUUCAAAAUCUUGGACAUGUGGUUUAUGAACAAGAAAUGAUGACUCUAGAAUCUUUAGUUGCUGAUGUUUAGGUCGCAUGUCCAACGUUUUCGCCUCCAUCCUAUGAACUAAAAGAUGAAAAUUGUCUGUCCGGAAGAGUGAGUAUAAUAUGUAUGCCUAUAAACUAACAGGGAAUCGCAAAGCACAUGUUAUGUCUGAUUUAAGUUUUAUUUUCUCAAAUGUGGCUUUCAUAAUAUUUCAUUUCAUGUUUGAAAGAGUUUACAUAUUCAAGUAUAAAAUGUGAUCUCUUUGAAAAAAGGAGAGUGGAUAUAACAACAGAAAUGCAGUUACAAGGGAAUAUAAAUUCGUUGCGACUGCACAUUCAUGCCUUAUAAAGGAAGAUCAUUGCACAAACCAAGUAUAUUAACUUUAUGGGUGACAAACUAAAGUGAGAAUAUAUCGUAAUUACCAUAAUAAGUAAUAGUAAAAGUGCA